AUGGUUCCACCGACUCAAAAUUUAAAUUUGGAUAUUACUGCCAUUUCAGGUAUAUGUGGAUCCAUUUCAAUUGCGUGUUGGAUAGUAGUUUUUAGUCCUCAGAUUAUUGAGAAUUGGAAAAGAGGUUCUGCUGAUGGAUUAUCCUUACAAUUUAUCAUUAUUUGGCUUGCUGGUGAUGUUUUUAAUAUCUGGGGUGCUAUGUUGCAGGGUGUCCUUCCUACUAUGAUUAUCCUCGCCGUCUACUAUACCAUAGCCGAUAUAGUCCUCCUAGGCCAAUGUUUCUACUACAAAGGCUUCACCUGGCGGGAUGAAGUCAAGCCACCUCCAACUCCACCAAAAAAACCCACCUACGCAGAAGUCGCAGCUGUUCAACCCAGCGAGACCACAGGUCUGCUGAGUGGUCUAGAAAGACGCCGCAGCAGCACUUCCGUCUCGGCUCAACAUCUCUCCCCCGUCGUUCCACUCCUCGACCCCCCUAACCCAAGUGAUGUCUCCACCACCAAAAACGACAAACCAACCACCCCCAUGCAAACUUUCCUCUUCAACCUCUUCAGCAUCCUCCUCGUCUGCAUAGCCGGUAUCCUAGGCUGGUGGAUCUCCACCACCACAUCCCCCUCCUCCUCCACCUCCCACAAACCCCACAACAACACCAAACACCCAUCCACACCCACCUUCUCCCCCCUCGGCCAAAUCUUCGGCUACCUCUGCGCAAUUCUCUACCUCUCCUCCCGCAUCCCCCAACUCCUCCUCAACUACCGCCGUAAAUCCACCCAAGGAAUCUCUAUGCUCUUUUUCCUCUUCGCCUGCAUCGGCAAUCUCACAUACGUCCUCUCUAUCUUCGCCUACGAAGCUCCCUGCCUCACCGCUUCCAAGCACGGACACUCAAAAUGCGAGGUUGGCGAAGCCCGCUCAGAGUAUCUGCGCUAUAUUGCUGUGAAUGCGAGUUGGUUGGUUGGGAGUGCAGGGACGUUGAUGCUAGAUGCGGGGGUUUUUGUGCAGUUUUUUUUGUAUGGGGAUGGGAAUGGGAAUGGGAAGGCGGUGGAGGAGGAAGUAGCUGUUGAGGGGGAGGGGGAGGGAAAUGGUGGUGUGGUUGUGGUUGUGGCUUGA